CAUGCCCCCAGGUGACUGCAUCCACAGAAGAAGUUACACUGAGUCUUCAGUUUUACUGAAGCUUCCCACAGAGGAGCACACUGGGAGCUACCACACACCUUUCCAGUUUGACCGGCAUGCUGUGGCCAGAAUUUCCACCUCUCCGACUUUAAGGCGUCUAAGGAUGGCCUCUGCCUCACAAGCACUGUCAUUUCAGGACAGAACUCUCACGAGCUCUCCUCAGCUGGGGAAUCAAAAAGAAUACACUGGCUCGCUCCACCAUAUUUGUAAAAGUCCACCGCGGUGCACUAAAUCUUCCUCAUUGUCACUGCCUUCUUGUGUCCACGCAAAAUUACUGUCUUCCAAAGCAAAGACUGAAACUACCACAGGAGAUCCAGAAUCUGCUGACCGCAGAUCAGAACCGUCAAGGCAAAAAUAUCCUCUCAGCAAUGGUAAAGCUGAAGCGACACUCCAGCACUCACGGAAAGCCAGUUCUGCUACUCUGCCCGCAAGACUUCCAUGUCCCAGCCCUAGGCAGCAGGAAGGCAUCCAGACGAGCGGUGUGCCUAUUAAAAGAGCAGCCAGUCGCAGGCGCAGUUCUGUCGUGGUGAGUCUGCCCGGACUUGAGGUGUUCCCCGGAGACCUCCUCAUCUCAGACGGUGCCGUGGACUAUCUGCCCCCCACAGCCCUGCUGCUGAACACAGAGUCCAAAAAGCCAAGGUGGCCGUUUGCCAAAAGAGGAGCUAGUAAGAACAAACAGAAGCAAGCAUCUGAUCUGGAAAAUUGCCUUUCAGCUGUUAAGAUCAUAGAUUGCAGCGCAUACGAAUUUUGCCUUUUUAAGAGUAAAUCUUGGCAUGAAUUUAUAAAGGCUCAAGAGACUGAGCAGAAAGAUGCCGACAGCCGAUUAGAAGUGAAGAAAGAAGAAGCCGUGUGGGAACUGUUCACAAGUGAAUGCACUUACUUUCUGGAUCAUUUGCUGGUUCUCAAGAUGAUAUUUAUGAACACGCUGAAAUACCUGCAGAGUAAUGAAUUUCUCUUGGAUGUGGAUUUGUGGAGACUUUUCGCAAACUUAGAGGAGCUAAACAAGAUGAGUCUCAGUUUUGUAAGCAGUUUCUUUGAGAUUGUGAAGGAGCAUGUCAACAGCUCAGAAUCAUCUAUGAAUUUCAUCUCUGUACUCAGAAAGUAUUUCCAGGGUGACCUCUGUCAGACACAUCAGAUUUAUUGCCUUAAUUACUCCUCUGCUAUCUUCUACUUGGAGAACCUGAGACAGAGAGAAGAUUUUGGAACCUACCUGAAAUGGUGUGAGCAGAAUAAACAGUGCAAGAGACUACAUCUGCCAGAGCUACUGGUCGCUCCGCUACAUCGACUGACCCGCUAUCCCCUCCUCCUUAACAACAUCUGGAAGAAGUGCACAGAUGAAAUAGAAAAAGGCUUUAUCUGGUCAGUUAAAGAAAAGGUGGAAAAAUCCAUACGGGAUCUGGAAGGUAAAGUCAAAUGGCUGGACAACUUUCAGAAGUUCAGGCAGCUUCAUGAGGUCGUAAUUUGGCCUCAAGUCUGGGAUCGUGACAAGAGAUUCUUUGUCCCAGAGUGUUUGAAACAAAGCUUAAGAGAAAACAGCAGCGAAAACAUUUUGUCUUCAAUGAACAGACAACUUCUUCAUGAAGGGAGGUUAACAUUAGCAGAAAGUACAAGACUCCUUGAUGUCUACCUCUUCCUAUUUGAUGAUUUCCUGUUAAUUACCAAAAUUAAACGUAACAAAAAGAAACACGGGGGCUCGGAGAUGGGCUUAAUCCCUGUCUGUCCAUCCGUUGCUCCGGAGCUGCAGUCACUCAUAAGAGAAGGUGGGUUUUGUACAGUCCUCGACCAGCCCAUCCCGCUGGACAGACUGAUACUGAGAAACGUUGAUCCCUUCCAUGUGACAGUCUUCAGCCUGCGAAAUGCUUUCCUAAUACAGCAUGAAAAUAGGUAUCAGCAGUGCAUAGCAGUCUUCUUGCUACAAGCGCAAACAGAGACUGCCAAGAAAACGUGGAUGUCACAGAUAGAAACUGCAAUCUCCAAUUACACUGAGCAACACGAAACCAAGAAAAGAACUGUUUUCUGCUUCCCAACUGAAUCCUCUGAAAUUUAAUGUCAGCACAGCACCGACAUAUCCAGUGGAAGUCUGUUGUGGAGAUAAUGCAGUUAUUCCUUCUGGCAUUCCUUAAGUUUCAGAAAACUACAGACUUCUGACUUGACUAGACAGCAGCGGUGAAUUUUUGUCACAGGAUUUAGGAAUGAAUUGGAAGGGGCAAACAACCCCCUCCCUAAUUUGAAGCACACAACAAAUGACCCACUCUUGGAUGCUUUUUUUGCUUCAGCUAGGGAAAGGCUUUUGCCAUUCAGAUAAGUUUUAAUGAGCGUGUUGUUUCCUAGAAAGCGGGACAGCAAAAAACCUAUGUUAGCAAAGAGAACACACUCAUGAGAAAAAUCUGGAAGAGCUAUUCGGAGCACCUUCAAAGUGUAUUAUUAAUACAUUUCACAAAAUUCAAACUGUAGGAAUCUCUCUGGCCAUAGCUGGACAUAGUUAUCCCUCUUCAUCUACUAAACUCUAAUGUCAUAAGAUGUUACUUUGCAUUAACAAUGUGCUUAAUGGGGUAGCUUUGUAAAGAAAAAUAUUGUGUUCAUCCUCAUUAAUUUUCAAAAUGAGAAGACCAUUUCAGUGUGCCCAGUUCCUUUGAACAGGUCAUCCUUGUAUCUAACUUUCAGUUCCACUAGACAUGAGGACCCACACAUUCACAAGAAAAAUCUACAUGAAAUUGGAAAGUUUAGCUUGUUCUCAAAUGUGUGGCUUCUUGCAGUUCAUCUGCAAGACACUACAUCCACCAUUUUAGAGUAACUUUGCUGCCUACAGAGGGGCAAGAUAGUUUUGAAUGACAGAACUGGUCUAUUAGAAAGGUCUAACUUUUUUAUUUUCAUUCAUCAUUCCUUUAACAGAUUAGAAAACAAAAAAAUACAUUUCCAUAACAUUUCAUCAUUCUUUAUACAGAACUGGUUGAUGCAUGGUUCAUUUUCUUGUCCAAAUCCACAGCCACCUUCCAAACUGCAGAGAAUUAUAGUGCGCACUGGACUAAACUCUUUCACAAUGUAAGGCACAACUACAUGAUCACAAGUAGUAAACACAAACAUUGAAAAUAGGACUUUAAAGAAUCAAACUUCAUUAAAAAAAAAAUCAUGCAAAAAUCUAUCUACCACUACCAAGAUGGUAUGAUCCAGUUUAAAAGAAGUGCAGUGCAGCAUUCUGUAAGUAAAACCGCAUCAUAAGGCUAUUAUAAUACAUUACCUCUAAAUACUGGGUAAGAACUUAAAACUUUUUCCAUUUAUAUAUUUAUACAAUUAUACAGAAAAUAAGUUGUAUGAGCAAUAUUCACAUUUGCAAUAAUAAACUGAUCAUUAAAAUUCAGAAAAGAGGCAAAUAAGACAAUGUAAUUUGUAGCACGCAUCCGUAACAGAACAUCAUUCAUCAAGUUCAUAUCUUGAGUACUGAAGAAAUUAAAAAAAAAAACAGACUAAAUUAAUGGUUCAUUUGGUGAGUGAGGCUAUCUAUAGCCAAAUGACAAAGCUGCAUAUAAAAUUACUGUUACCUAGUAGACUAUGAUUAUAAAUGCUUGUGGUUGUGAUUUAUUUCCUGUCCAGCAGCUAGAGUCUGCAGGAUCGAACAGAGGUUAAAAGAAUAUGGAGGUUACAAUAACUUGAAACUACUGUAUACUUUCAAACACAUACAAAAAGACUUAACUUUUUUCUUUUUGGUGAUAAACACUUGCAAUUUGGCAUUUCACUGUAACUUUUACAUAACAUGACAGUAAGUAGACCCUAUCACACUUACCUAAUGGUUGAAUUUCACACUGAGAGGUAGUUUAAACAAAAUUGUAUGUAACGGCAUCAAAUGGCGUGGUUAUACUUUUUUUGUAAUUUUUUUUUCUUUUCUUACAAAAGUGACAAAUCCUAUACAAGCAGCAUUUUGGACACAUUGCUAUAAAAAGUUCUGUUAUUUGCUAA